AAAUUUUCCCCAGACCGCAUAAGGGUCUGUAACUAGUGCAGGUGAGGUCAUCGAAAUUUGUACAGGAUGACGCUGCUUCGUAUUUCACUCCUAGUGUGCGUAGUUUGGCAGUUGGCAUCGGUCACAGGCUUCCCCCAGCGUAACCUAGACGACAAUCCGCCGGACGAAGUUAUCGAGAGAGAUGGAACCCUAAUCAAGAUUUAUCGCAAACGUCCUACUCCGGCACCCACCCCUGGACCGACUUCUGAACCUGAAGAUUCUGGCCCCGAAGUCGGGCCCGGAUCUGGUCCGAAUUCUGGAGAGGGUACCGGAGAAGACUCUGGCCCAGAAGUGAAUCCUGGAUCUGGACCCAAUUCUGGUGAGGGCUCGGGUGAAGACUCCGGUCCAGAAGUGAAUCCUGGAUCUGGUCCCAAUUCUGGUGAGGGCCCGGGUGAAGAUUCCGGCCCAGAAGUGAAUCCUGGAUCUGGUCCCAACUCUGGUGAGGGUACCGGAGAAGACUCUGGCCCAGAAGUGAAUCCUGGAUCUGGACCCAAUUCUGGUGAGGGCUCGGGUGAAGACUCCGGUCCAGAAGUGAAUCCUGGAUCUGGUCCCAAUUCUGGUGAGGGCUCAGGUGAAGACUCCGGCCCAGAAGUGAAUCCUGGGUCUGGUCCCAAUUCUGGUGAGGGCCCGGGUGAAGAUUCCGGCCCAGAAGUGAAUCCUGGAUCUGGUCCCAAUUCUGGUGAGGGCUCGGGUGAAGACUCCGGUCCAGAAGUGAAUCCUGGAUCUGGUCCCAAUUCUGGUGAGGGCCCGGGUGAAGAUUCCGGCCCAGAAGUGAAUCCUGGAUCUGGUCCCAACUCUGGUGAGGGUACCGGAGAAGACUCUGGCCCAGAAGUGAAUCCUGGAUCUGGACCCAAUUCUGGUGAGGGCUCGGGUGAAGACUCCGGCCCAGAAGUGAAUCCUGGAUCUGGUCCCAAUUCUGGUGAGGGCUCAGGUGAAGACUCCGGCCCAGAAGUAAAUCCUGGAUCUGGUCCCAAUUCUGGUGAGGGCUCGGGAGAAGACUCCGGCCCAGAAGUGAAUCCUGGAUCUGGACCCAAUUCUGGUGAGGGCUCGGGUGAAGACUCCGGUCCAGAAGUGAAUCCUGGAUCUGGUCCCAAUUCUGGUGAGGGCCCGGGUGAAGAUUCCGGCCCAGAAGUGAAUCCUGGAUCUGGUCCCAACUCUGGUGAGGGUACCGGAGAAGACUCUGGCCCAGAAGUGAAUCCUGGAUCUGGACCCAAUUCUGGUGAGGGCUCGGGUGAAGACUCCGGCCCAGAAGUGAAUCCUGGAUCUGGUCCCAAUUCUGGUGAGGGCUCAGGUGAAGACUCCGGUCCAGAAGUGAAUCCUGGAUCUGGUCCCAAUUCUGGUGAGGGCCCGGGUGAAGAUUCCGGCCCAGAAGUGAAUCCUGGAUCUGGUCCCAAUUCCGGUGAGGGUACCGGAGAAGACUCCGGCCCAGAAGUGAAUCCUGGAUCUGGUCCCAACUCUGGUGAGGGUACCGGAGAAGACUCCGGCCCAGAAGUGAAUCCUGGAUCUGGUCCCAAUUCUGGUGAGGGUACGGGAGAAGACUCCGGCCCAGAAGUGAAUCCUGGAUCUGGUCCCAACUCUGGUGAGGGUACCGGAGAAGACUCUGGCCCAGAAGUGAAUCCUGGAUCUGGUCCCAAUUCUGGUGAGGGCUCGGGAGAAGACUCUGGCCCAGAAGUGAAUCCCGGCUCUGGUUCAAACUCUGGCGAAGAUUCUAAUGAAGGGUCUAACGUAACCUCCCGUCCCUGUUCAAACUCUGGCAAGGGCUCACUUCCCCCGAUACUUCGUAGACUUCGUAUCGGUACGCGCUGGCGUUUCGUUUCGGGCUGGUUUGUGUGGGUCCCCAGGAGAGUUUGAAUGGAGGCCUCCUUCCAGGAACGCAAAUAGAAAAUCUGGGCCAAGAAGACCGUUGUACACAUGUGAAGAAUGGAAUUGUACAAUAGUAAUUAUAAUUUACGAGUUCUCAUCGAAUGUCAUAUUUAAUUAUAAUAAAUCUGGGACGACUUUUGUUGUGAAUGAAAAUGUAUAUUAAUUAAAUACACACAAUAAAUAUUCAACGAACAUUGAA